UAUAAGCAGAAUGAUAUGACGAUCCGCUUAAUAGCUGUUACAUUGGCUGUUCUUCCCUCCUGCGACACCAUCAAGUCUGAAAAAGCACCAUUACAGAGGUUGAGCAGUCCACUAUAGUUUGUGUAUGAAUGAGCAUGGCCCGGCGCAAGGUACGGCGGGGACGUAGAGGACCAUACACCGUAUUACUGCACGUAUUACAUCCACCUGCCAUAAAGCGAGCUGUCAUCGUCACGACCGCACUAUUGUUCGUGUACUGUCUUCUCCUCUACCAGCCCUUCAUAUUCGUUACAUCGGUACCUUACAGCGUAUCUGCAACUUCCACAGCACCUGCAGUAGACUACGACACUGGAACUCUACUUCCACAGGACCUGGUGGUCUGUUUCAACUGCUUCCCGCCGCCUGUUAACCGAUCCAUCGUUUACCGCAAGCCUGCUGGAAGGGACGUCGAAGACGAUACUGCUAUCUACUACAACCCGAAACCACUCUUGGGUGCUCCGCACAUCUGUCCGUUUGGUAAACAAGACGUCAUCAUCGCCGUAGUGUCAAACCCUUCCAACCACGCACGACGUAAUGCUAUCAGGAGGACUUGGGGGAAGAUACAUCUGUUGAACAAAAAUUUGACGAUUAGUACUGUCUUCUUCUUAAGAACAAGUGGCUUGGCCAUCACGGACGCAGCUGUGAGGGCAGAAAGCAAGAAGCGAAAUGACAUAGUGCAAUACGAUUUCACGGAUAAGGUUCAUGGUGGCGAUUCCCUUCAAGCAGCUAUUAUAAUCAAUUGGUUACGUCAGUGCAGGAACCUCACUGUCGCACUCAAGGUUAGAGACAAUACCUUCGUGAAUAUCGGGUUACUUUCCUAUGCCCUUGGAGUUCUCCUCCGCCAACCGGCCGACCUGUUCGGGAGGAUAACAAAGCUCGGAAGCAGGCCAUAUCAACUUGAAGACUGUGCUUAUUUGGUCAGGUCUUCCGUACUGUACUUUCUGAACCUGGCCACGGUGGAAGUAUUGUUGAAGAAAGAUGAAGGCGACUAUAUGAUGACAUUAGCUUCUGUGGUGAGGUUGCAAGUAAUGCACUUCGAUGUGUUCGGUACGUGCAAUGCUACGGCAACGGACUUCCAUCCAUGUGAAAUGCGCUCACUGCUCACUGUGCAUCCGGUUGGGGUCGGGAGGAUGAGUGUGCUUCACCGUGACGCUAUGUUGGGCUUCAGGUGCGGAUAUGAAUGAUGGCGUUGUACGAACGCUUGAAGGACCGUUGCGUAUUUAAGCGUUUGAUCUCACCAAAUGAUGUUAAUAAUUGUAUGACUAUUGCAAUAUAAAUGAUGGAUCAUA